UUACCUUCUGUCUGUACCGUGUAUCUUGUAUAGAAAGUUGGCAUAGUUUCAAUAUCAUAUUGUUGUAUUAUGUCCCCCUUUUCCAGUGUGUGGCCACUGCCAGGGUGGGGAAGUCAACUGUGACCCGAUGUCAGGUGUCUGCUCGGCUGGGUGUCAGGAUGGGUGGAAAACACAGAUUUGCAAUCAAGCUGUGGAUCCGCCAAUCAACCUAGUCAUCUCUGACGUCACGGAUAAAGAGCUCAAGAUCACGUGGUCUCCGUCACCUGACCACGACCUUCAUGGAUACCGUGUUGCCGUGUCGCAGCUAGGCAUGGCGACAGCUGUCAAUCAUUACACGGAUCAGACGUCAUUUCCGGUGUUGGACCUGUCACCGGAUUCGGAUUACGUCGUUGCUGUGACGUCACUGUUCCUGACGGAUGGCUGGUGGUCACAAAGCGAGACGGUGGUUAUACACGCAUCAACAGAGAUGAGCUCCGCCACAGACCUGCAGUUCACGGAAGUGACCGAAUCCACGCUGGGGUUCACCUGGGUUCCUCCUGAUGCGGUCGUGACCGGAUACCGCGUCAUGUACGGACUGGAGGAGGCGACAGAACAGCUCAGCCCCUCCCCGGGUCCAGCAGACAGAUCUGCUGUGAUUGAGGGGCUUCAGGCAGGCGUUUUGUACAAGGUGGAGAUCAUCACCAUCGGGGUUCGCUUUGUGAGUCUGCCUCUUGUCGGGCAUAAUGCGACUGAGAUGAGCUCCGCCACAGACCUGCAGUUCACGGAAGUGACCGAAUCCACGCUGGGGUUCACCUGGGUUCCUCCUGAUGCGGUCGUGACCGGAUACCGCGUCAUGUACGGACAGGGGGAGGCAAUAGAACAGCUCAGCCCCUCACCGGGCUCAGCAGACAGAUCUGCUGUGAUUGAGGGACUUCAGGCAGGCACCACGUACAAGGUGGAGAUCAUCACCAUCGGGGUUCAACGAGAGAGCCCGCCUCUAGUCGGGUACAAUAUAACUGAAUACCCAGUGAUGUCAACGAGUUCAACCUUAACCGCUGCUUCUACUAACCGAACAAGUCUGAUGACAACGUUUUUCAUCAGCCAUGUGACUGCAACCACACCAGCAAAAACAAUGGAAACUACAUCCACCCGGGGGCCGCUGGAUGUCGAUCGAGACCAAUCGGAUGAAGACCAAUCAGACGACUCCAUGGCUACGUCUACAUCUGGAGCUAACACAAAAGAAAUAAAGCGGACCAGCACAGUCUGGCCUGGAAGCAGCAGAAGUACGACAGCUGACCAGGCACUAGGCAAUGGUCUGGACGAAAUCUUCGCAGAGUCUGUCUCUCCUGAUCCACACGACGUGCUGCAGAGGCUGGCUCAGAACAUUGUAGAAGACGAUAGAGGCGUUGAUGGAACGGAGAAGCCGACAACAUCUGCUGAAGAAAGGGCAGAGAUUUGUAGGAAGGCACUCAAGAGGUUGGGAUCUGAAACGGGAAGAGCCGAGACGCCUGAUCGUCUGCAGGUCAUCUCUGAGUUAACAUCACUCGUCAUCAUCAACUGCCCCGAAAUCCCUCAAGAGAACGCCUUAAAGAACACUGCACUAGAUGUUCUGCAGUCCAUCACCAGCAAACUGGACAAAGUGGACAUGUCUGACCCGUCCACUGUGGAGUCUGUGGGGGGGUCUCUGGUGGAGUCCGUUGAUGCCCUGCUAUAUGAACCAGAACCGGAUGUAGACGAGCAUGACGGGAAUCUACAGUCCGAGGACGACAGUGUCUCCCCGGAGGAGUGCGCUCAAAAAGCGAAACAGGAGGAGGAAGAAAAACGAGCUGAGAAAAAGGUAGUCGUCCGGAAGAGCCGGCAGGUCCUGGAUGACCUGUUCAACGCCAUCACCGCCCCCAUGCGGCCCGGCGGCCCGCCGGUAACCAUCAGGAGGGGCGGCGUGACGCUGCGGUCCCAGAAGCUUCACGGCGGGAAGUCCGGGAGCCAGGUGGUGCAGACGGAGGAGGGGGGUUCCUGUUCCCGUCCCAAACCGCGCUUUUCCCGGAACACCCACCUCACAACGUCACUGUCAAGGUGUUUUACACAGUACGAACAGAACACAUACACAUGGGGGAGUGGGCAAUACCAGGCACGCUCGUCUGUCAUGGAACUGUCACUUCACCGGAAAAACUAUAAACCCUUGGUCUUCAACAACCUUACUGAGGACUUCAUCAUCACCAUUCCGGGCAACGUAGGAAACAAACCAGCGACGACAACCAUCACCUUCCCCGCCCCAGGAAACCAAAGUUCGAGCUACCAUUUGCUGAACCUCAACAACACCGCUGAAGGAUUCCUGGUCACAAUCACCCCGCUGAACACAAGCGUGGUGUACGGCGUGUCGGGCAGGUACGGCGGCCGCCCUGAUGACCAAAACUACGACGUGUGCACGGAGACGUUUGUUCUUCCUGAAGAGUGUUCCUUGAUGGAAAGUCUCAGUGCUGGUAGUGACGAAACGGACAAGUCAGAGGCAACCAUGUUCGUCAAGGGAAAGAAGGAUCCAGUAGAUUACUACGUGAAAGUCCAAGUGCUAGGACCGGAGACCAAAUGCGACAUCAGCGGUCAAACCGAUGAAAAGAAGUUGGGCACCAACGACGUCUACGCCUACCAGAUCCAGUGGGUCCGUCUGAGCUGCGUCUUCUGGAGCGAGACACAGGAGGACUGGAGGACUGACGGCUGUACGAUUAGUGACCGGUCCACCAUUACCAGCACCAUCUGCCACUGCAACCAUCUGACGGCCUUCGGGAGUGACUUCGCCACUCCGCCGAACACGGUCGACUUCGGGGCGUUAACCCUUAGAGAUUUACGUGACAACGGCGCGGUGUUGACAACCAUCUUCGUGGUGUAUUGCCUCUUUCUGCUCGUACUGGUCAUGAUGACGAUUUUUGACCUGAAAUCAAAGAGGAAGAAAAACCCUUCAAUCAAAUUGGAUGACCUGCAGAACGAUUUCCGGUACCGCCUCCACCUUUGGACAGGCGCCGCUAAGCAUGCCGGGACGGAGUCAACCGUCGCUUUCACCUUACAUGGAGAUGCAGCAACCUCCGGUGUGAGAGUGGUCAACAUCACAAAGAAGGUUUUUACCCAAGGCAGCCUGGUGACGCUGACCUUCAGCACAGCGGAACAGCUGGGUAACUUGGAGAUGCUGAAGCUCAUGCACGACAACAGUGGGGAGGGGAGCCGUGCAUCGUGGCACGUGGACAGAGCAGCGGUGCAGGAUCUCGCCACAGGCAAACUGUCCUAUUUCCUCUGCGAUGAGUGGCUGGCAGCCGACCGCGGGGACGGGCAGACCGCGAAGACCUUUCCUGUCGCCUCUGAGCAGGACCUGCGAUCCUUCGGGUUCCUGUUCCCGGCAUGUUUGCGGAGCAAUAUGGCAGAGGAACACCUCUUCCUGUCCGUAGCUAUCAUGCCCGAAGGUACAACAUUUGCUACACCAAGGGAGUUAACCUCAUUGGCUAUAUAUAUAAGCACCCAAGUUGUGCAGGCCGUCAGCCUGGGGCCAUUCUCCUUUACCCUGAACACAGUUUACACGGGAAUCAUGACCAGCAUCACCUGCCUUCCCGUCGUUAUAGCAAUAGUUGUGCUGUUCCAGUACAGCCGACCCAGCAACAAGGGCAACCCCCGGGUCAGGGACGUGGAGACAGCAGGACCAGCUGAGGCACCCACUGGGCAGAAACCAUCCAAGGUCCUGCCGCACUGGUGCAAGUACCUGGCCUGGGUGCUGGUGCUGCUGUCUGCCGUGGGGUCAGCUGUCUUCACCGUGCUGUACAGUCUGGAGUGGGGCAAGGAGAAGUCCGAGAGGUGGCUGUCUGCGUACUUCCUCACCUUUCUGGUGGACAUGUUCUUCGUGCAAUCAGCAAAGGUGACGAAAAGCUUUGAUGUUUACUUUGAUGAUUCAGGAAUGUAA